AUGUUGCUCUUUCUGUUUCUCGUCUUUCUUUUACUUCUAGUUAUUUCAGUCUCUUUAUUUCUCAGUGCAAGUGCAAACGCUUUUGCUGUUGAUGUCAGAAAACCUCCUCAACCUUUGGUACUGGACAGAGGUGCCAGGAACAAAAUCCUUAAGCAAGGUUUUCCCACAGGCAAAGUGCCCAAUUACUUUGAUGCCAUUAUGAUUGGCAGUGGGCUUGGUGGACUGACAGUGGCUGCGGUUCUGGCCAAAGCAGGCAGGCGUGUUCUAGUGUUGGAGCAACAUGACCAGGCUGGAGGCUGCUUUCAUACUUUCAGUGAAAAGGGAUUUGAGUUUGAUGUUGGUAUUCAUUAUGUGGGGCAAAUGCAUGAAUGUGGACUCCUGAGAGUAAUUAUCGACCAAAUCACUGAUGGACAACUGGAAUGGAUUCAAAUGGACAAUCAGUAUGGUACUAUCAUUCUGGAUAAAAAUGAGAACCUUCGUAAAUAUGAACUUCACAGAGGGAAACAGGAGUUUAUUGAUGCUUUAAAGAGGCAGUUUCCUCAUGAGGAACAAGCAAUAGACAAAUUUAUGAAACUUGUAAAGCGAGUUUCAAAACAAGUACCUCUGAUGGCUGUACUAAAGAUGAUCCCCUUCCCAUUAGCCAAAUUCCUUGUCAGGACGGGCAUUGUCCAUUGGAUUUCUACAAUAUUUAAGGUUGCAAGCACAAGCCUUACAAAGGAGGUUAGUGAACUAACAGAGAACCAGGAUCUCCGAGCAGUCUUUUGUUACAUGUUUACUGGUGUUUCUCCCAAAGACACCAGCUUUGUUAUGAAUGCAUUACUGAUACAUCACUAUAAGCAUGGAGCAUGGUAUCCAAAAGGAGGAGCCAGCGAGAUCGCCUUCCAUAUUAUCCCAGUCGUACAGAGGGCAAGUGGAGCUGUUCUAGUGCGUGCUCCUGUUCAACGGAUAUUGAUAAACAAAGAUGGGGAAGCUAUUGGAGUAGCUGUAACUAAAGGACAAGAAAAAGAAUGUAUAUAUGCCCCUUCAGUGAUCUCUGAUGCUGGAAUAUUCAACAUUUAUGAACAUCUUUUAGCAAAAGAAAUUCAAGUGAAACCCGCCAUUCAAUCCCAGCUUGAUAUGAUCCAGCAUAGCAUGGGAUCAUUCCUUGUCUUUGUUGGUCUCAAAGGCACAACAGAAGAUUUAGGACUGAAGGCCUCCAACUAUUGGAUUUAUCGACACAACAAUCUGGAUGAGCUAAUGAAUUACACCCUUUCUGCAACCAGAGAGGAAUUUACAGAAGAAAUUCCAAUCUUAUUUGUUACCUUCCCAUCAGCCAAGCGCUACCCAGGAAAUUCCUGUAUGACUAUUCUGACCAUGGCCCAUUAUGAGUGGUUUGAGGAAUGGAAGGACACAAAAUUAAAGAACAGAGGAAGAUAUGAGAAUUUGAAGAUGGCUAUUGCCAGAGAGCUAAUAAACUGGGCCUCAGAUAUAUUCCCUCAACUCAAAGAUAAGAUUGAGUACGUCAAAGUUGCAACUCCACUCACUAACCAAUACUACCUUGCUGCUCCUCAUGGAGAGAUGUAUGGCACAGACCAGAAUCUCACUCGGUUCACUCCUGAAGUUGUUGCCACUCUCAGAAAAACUCCUGUGAAAAACCUCUACCUAACAGGUCAGGAUGUUUUCUCCAAUAGAUUAGCUGGAGCCAUGCAUGGAGGCCUCAUCUGCGCCUCUGCCAUUUUAGGUUGAAUUCUGUAUGUGGACCUUCUCUUCCUUAAAAAAAGACUUAAGGAAAAAACAACUUUAAAAAGUACUGUGAAACUUUGA